AUGUUAGACUGGAGAUCGGGCAGGAGACGCGUGCCCGGGGUGGCUUCUUCUGCCCUUGCACCUACAUCUUCCGACCCACGGUCGAGAUGUUCACGUCUGACCGCCCCGUGCUCGACGCCGCACCCGUACCCUAGCGCCUCGAGUAUCAGUGUCGAUGCUCACCCGCCUACUGUCUACGACCUAACCAGCGGUAUUGGCGCUCUCCUUCUUGGUAACGCCGAGGCGUCUGAAGGCGAAGACGGCAAUGGCGUAUACAUUCCCUAG